GUUGUCCUGAUCAAAGUGAUGUCUGGAAAUGUUACUCUGGGCUUAUUUGUCUUUAUGGUUCUUGUCUAUAUGGUUGCUGUUCUUUUAAGAAUAGAAAUAGUCAUUGUUGCACUAAUAUCGAAUGCACUGAUUGUUCUAGUAG